AUGUUUGAGACUCUGGAAAUACAGGAACAUUCUAACCAGGAUCAGGAGACCGCCAAUCUGGUAUUCCGUCCUGGAAGCACGCUUGAACAUGCCUUUGACAGCAAUCCACUCUAUCUUCGGACCUUACCCGACUUUCCUGUACAUGGCUCAGAUGGUCUAGAUGAAGAAUGUGCCAAGUCUCGCGUUCUGAUCCCUUUGCGGGUAUCUGGAAAGCUAUGGGGCGUCGUCGUCAGUAAAUCUGCUCCAAGCCAUGCCGCGAUCACAUUUCUCACUCGUGGUCUGUGUCGUAUUAUCGCAGAUUCAGCCUCGACAAAAUUGGAAAACAUAAAUGCUUCUCAGAUCCUAGAUGCCCAAGGACCUUUCUCACGCAACUCAAAUCUUAACAAAGAGUCUGCAGUCGCCUUUGCAGGCCCGCGAGAUUUGGUCAGAAGACUCAGAGCAGAUUUCGCCAUGUCCUUCAUCGAUGGUAUCAAGAGUCUAGUUGGUCCUGCGCGAGAGCCGCAAGAAGCGCUCGCAUUGAUCGAAUACCUCCGAUUGCGUAAACACACCAACAUUCUUAAUUCCAAUGAUUUUGUAGAGGACUUCCCAGGUCUACACUAUCGGCCAGGAUUUCAAUCUGUCAAGGGCCUAUUGUUUGUCCCACUCUCACUGGACGGAGAAGAUUUCAUCGUAUACUUCCGGGAAGCGCCCUCUAGUGGCUCUCUCGACCAAGGCGUCGACACAUGGAGCGAGGUUGACCUUCGAAACGCAGCAAUGAUGCGCGUAGUCUAUAUCAAAUUCAGCGCCAUCUGGAAAGAGAGAAACAGCGCAAUCCAAGAGAGUCAUAUGUACAAGCUUCUGGUGUCCAACUCCAGUCACGAGUUUCGAACGCUGCUUAAUGCCAUAUCAAACUACCUGGAAUUUGCGGAAGAAGGGCGGCUCAGCAUUAAGAUCCAUGAGGUCUUGAAGAGCGCCAAGAGUACGUCUCGAUCACUGUUGUUUGCUGUCACGAAGCUGCUAGAUUGUGUUGAACAAGGGUUGGGAACAUGA